AUGCAACUAUACUUUUUAUUCAUUCUUUGUUGUAUUUCAUUUAGUGCUGCUAUCCCAAUUGAUAACGGAGUCGAAGGAGAUCCUAAACUUAUUUGUGGAUCAGCUUCGUUAAUUGUUCAAUUUAGGACUAUAAAUUCUAUCGAAGGUCGCGUUUAUAUUAAAGGCUUAUAUAAAGAAUAUGAAUGUAGAAACGAUACUAGCAAUACAACAGAAGCAAGUAUUGAAAUACCGCUCAACAGGUGCAAUUUAGCACGAAUAAGGUCGCUGGAACCACGUGGGAUUUUCGUCACGACUUCUGUUGUCAUUUCUUUCCAUCCAUAUUUUAUAACGAAGGUAGAUAGAGCUUACAGAAUUCAGUGCUUCUAUAUGGAGGCUGAUAAGACAGUUAGUGUUGAUGCAAGUGUGUCAGAAAUGACAAGUGCCUUGCACAUGCAACCGAUGAAUAUGCCUAUCUGCAAAUACGAGAUUCUUGAAGGAGGACCAUCAGGACGACCUUUACAAUUUGCAUAUGUAGGCCAGCAAGUAUAUCAUAAAUGGACAUGUGAAACAAACGCAUCUGAUACUUUCUGCAUAUUGGUACAUUCAUGCGUGGUUGAUGACAAUAAUGAUGACAAAAUUGAUAUAAUCGAUGAAAUAGGCUGCGCUGUGGACAAAUAUGCUUUAAAUAACCUGGAAUAUCCCACUGAUUUAAUGGCUGGUCAGGAAGCGCAUGCUUAUAAAUUUCCAGACCGUUCUCAGCUUAAUUAUCAAUGUCAGAUAACCAUCUCUACAAAGGAACUUGGUCAAGAAUGCAACCGACCAAUGUGUAGUGAGCCACAAGGAUUUAAUGUGGUGCAGUCUGGGGCAGCUCCAGCUCCUGUUGAAGCACCAAUUGCUCCUGACCGAAGAAUAUUCACGCAACGGUUAUUGCGAAAGCGUUUUGUUGAUAAUACCUUGGAUGUAAGGGCGGAAUUAAAUAUGUUAGAUAUUGAUGAACAGGUACUGUUACUGCUUAAUCUUAUCAAUUAUUUUGGGUAUAUUUCCCUCCAAACGGUUCAAAUACGAUUUCUACUAUUUAUAACAAUAAUAAUCAAUUCGGUUUUCGGAAGCACUUUUAUUUUUUUUUAUUUUCAAUGA